AUGAAAGAUCUAGGAGCAGCUCGGAAAAUUCUAGGAAUGGAGAUUCUUAGAGAUAGAGGCCAGGAGAAACUUUUCUUAUCACAAAAAGGUUACAUUGAUAAGACAGAUGAAGAGAAAAAGUAUAUGACUCUAGUUCCUUACUUUAGUGCAAUAGAGAGUAUGAUGGAAGGAUUAUUGGAAAGCUGUGAAGAGGAUAUUCAAGUAUCUACGGGGAACUUUUUGAUGUAUUCAGAUUCUGAUUAUGCUGGAGACGUUGAUAGUAUGAGAUCUAUGACUGGUUAUGUAUUUACUCUUGGGGGCUCAGUUGUUAGUUGGAAAGCGACUCUGCAACCUACUGUGACUUUGUCUACAACAGAAGCAAAGUACAUGGCAUUAACAAAAGCUGCUAAAGAGGGAAUAUGGCUGAAGGACUAA